AUGAAUUCAGCAGAUACUCAGGCCAACCCUGGUGGAACCCCACAAAACUGGCAGGCUAAUGGCUCAACAGUCCCGUGGGCAGAGAUCUUCUCCCGCCAUGAAGCUGUGCUCGUGUCACAUCGCGAAAUGCUGGACUCGGUCAAAGGUCACAUCGCGCCGGACGGCGAGGCUUUCCGAGCAGUCUCGGCGAUGCUGAACAAGACGGUUCAAGCGAUGAAUCAGUCAAAUGUGAUGCGAAAGCAUAUGAAACCCAACGAAUACACAGCCUCAGAUGACGCAUCGCCCAUACCAGAAACUCGCAAGAAGAAGAAGCGCCCGAGACUCGAAAAGGAGGAGGUGGAAAAUGAUGUCCCUGUGAACCCCAAUUUCGACACAGGUGGUGAAAGCCCAUCUCAACAUACCUCCUCCGCCUAUGAGACCGAAGACAUAUCCGCCGAAGUACAGAGACGACUCCUCAUCAAGGAAGAAAGACGCCGGAAAAAAGAAAAUGCGCAACCUGAGAAGAGAAAGCGAGAAAGUAUGAUCUCAAACGAAAGUUUGUCACCUGGCGGUGGUCAAAAGCCUCAAAAGAAGCGAGUUCGAGUCGGAAGCGAAUUGAGAAGGGAUGGAGGUUUUGCGUCUGGGAGAGCUAAACGACAAAAACAAUGA